AUGUCUGGAAAUUUAAACGAGAACCCGUUAGGGGAGGCAAAUUUUGAGUACUUUGUAUUUUACGUGACCAUAUUCUUAAUCCUAACUUUAAUUAUUGUCGGAGGAAAUUGCGUUAUCAUAGUUACCGUGCUUCGCCAUCGAGAUCUCCAGCAGCCAUGCAAUUACAUGAUAGCCAGUCUUGCUGUCUCCGAUCUCCUAUUUGGGAUAUUCUACCCGAUCUACAACCUCGGCCAUCUUCGUGACAGUUCCAUCACACGUUUCCUUGCACAAAGGACCGUUUGUGAGGGGUUGAUCACCACUGUACAGUGGCUGGAAAUGAACUCGGCGUACCAUCUUGUCGCCAUUACUAUCAACCGUUACAUAGCCAUCGUCAAGCCUCUCCAGUACCACGUGUAUCUGACCUGUCGUAGAGCCGCUGUAGUUAUCUGUACAAUAUGGAUAACUACUCUAGUAACGUCAGCAGCCAUUUACUCUACAACAAACAGAGACAACAAGGAAGCAAAAGUGUGCCGUUAUGAGUUGAUUUUCACAGAAGCACAGAGCAUAAUCCUCACCAUCUUCAGCGGUGUCAUACCAAUUAGUGUGAUGGUCGUUCUCUACACUAUCAUCGCACGCAUCGCCAGAAAACAUAUACGUGAUAUAGCGGCGUGCUGUGGUGCUGACUUUCUAAAGCUGGGGAAACAUCAUGUAUUCCGCCGUGAGAUGAGGUCAACGUUGACAGUCAGUCUCUUGGUAGGAUACUUCGCCUUUGUGUGGGUCCCUCACUGCACUUACAUCGUGUACAGUGUUGCCUGCCAGUGUUACAUCAGUCCGUAUAUCAGGCUUUCCACUCGGAUGCUGGUAUACACAAACAAUGCCAUCAACAUUUUCAUCUACGCCGGUCGUAUCCAUCUCUUCCGAAAAUUGGCGAUGAAGGACAUCAAGCAAUGCUGUUCCAUUUGA